GAUAAUAAACCCGUCCCCGUUUCGCUCAGUUUUCCGCAAAUUUGAAAAAUUUAUCUCAGCUUUUUAGUUCAAACCAAAUCGAAUAAAAAAUUUGUAAAUUAAACGGAAGAGAAUUUGGUGGAGGAAAAUAUAGAUUUGUAAAAAGGCACCCGGAGGACGUUACUACAAAAAUUGAAAAUUAAUUUUGCGAACGCAUUUUUGGAUGUUGUUACCAGUGAGAGAUAGUGUGUAAUCGGGAAAAGAAAAUUUUUAAUUUUCCACAGAGGAUGACACAUAACCGAUUGUGAUUUUAGUAUUCGGAAGGAAAAAUUUUCGUUUCCAUUUUACGUGUGAACUAAAUUCAAAUAUACGAAGCAGCACAAAGUCGAACUACACUAACUGAAACCAAAAUUAGACCAAUCGCAGUGGAAUGUUACGGAUAAGCUGCGUUUAGAUAUCGAUAUACCAACGUCAUAGAGCGAACAACCGAUGGAAACAUGGAACAACGAUCUACGGCUUCAUUACCACAAAGCUGAAUAGCUAGACUUCCACCAUUCAGCCAGUUCGUGACUCCAUAAAAUGUGACCUUAAGCGAUGACUAAAUUUUAAUAGAAUAUUUAGUCAACGAAAAAUAAUACUUGUGACUGUGUGUCGGUGUGCGUGAGUGCUGAACAGUGACUGCUUUUGUUUUUCCAUAACUUUUUAUUGUUAUAACGUAGCGAAACCCAGUGAACUCUUAUUACUGGAUUCAGUUGUGCUGCAUAGAGAAACACACAAAAAAUAAAAUGGAAAUGUUGGAACUGUGUGCUUGUGCGAAUAAUAUGAAUAUCUGAGCCACCCACCGGCAACAUACGUUCGAGUGAGUUUCGUAUAACGUUAUACACAUUGCAGUACCAGAGAGUGCUUCACAUUAUAUAACAAUAUCCCCCAGUGGAACAAUUCUGUUACACACACAAACAAACGAGGACACUUUACGCUCGGUGGCAAAAAUUUUAUUUUCCAUUUUACUCACCGCUUUUCCGUUUCGAUAAAAUUCUUUCAUUGGACGGUGUGGUUGAACAAUUUUAUGUGCCACAAACAGUGCUAUGUCGUUCUUCUUUCAAACGGUUGCUGGCAUUUUACGCGGUUCAGCAAUUGAUAGUAAAACGUCUUCAAAUUGUUGCCAAAGUCAUUAUUGCUACCAUCAUCAGCAGGAUAAUCGACCGAGACGGAUCAGCGUACAACGGUCGACCAGCAUCGUAUCGUUGAAUGAUCGAGUCGUUCUAGAAGACUGACAUUGCGAUUAUGUUGAUGAAUUGAAAGAGUUACCAGACAACAUACAAUUACAAUCCACUCAUGGAGCGACCCGAAAUGAAAACGAAAAAUCCAAAUUAACCACCAAAACUACAACCACAGCUCCGGCAACAAUGGGUGAAAACUCGUUGUCCAGCGUAGAGGAAGUCAUCAGCAUCGAUGACUGUGCGGCUGGUAGUUCAUAUUCAACAAUUCCAUUCAGUAAAAAGGCGAUUCAUCAACGCGAUGCUGACGAAAAUUUAUUUCUUCGAUUCCUUGAAUUGGAUCCGAUACCGGACCCAGCUACAUCGACCGGUGGAACAGCGACAACAGCAACGGCAACAACGACAACAUUCACCAAUACUAUUGCGAACAGUGGUGUCGGUGCGGCUGCUGCACUGCUAGCCGAACAACGAAAGAAAGCCUACGUACGUCCGUCGAACGGCCGAACUCCAUUCACCAUCACCAAGAAAUUGGUCCGCGAAAAUGAUAAUCGCGGGUACGGAUUUUCCAUCGUUUGGACGCAUCCGCCGCGUGUGGAAAAAGUGGAACCGGGACUGACGGCCGAAAAGUGUGGCAUUCUGCCGGGCGAUUUUGUCGUUUUCGUUGACAAGCACAAUGUGGUCACGAUGCCCGAAUUGGACAUUUUAAAUUUGAUAAAAUCGCAAGGGGACACAUUGCUGUUGGAGAUCUACAGACGAUCCAGUACGAAACCGUCAAAUGGUUUGAAAAGUCGGAACAGUGUCACAAUUAGCAGUAACCAAAUGAUGGUUGAGCAGGCAACGCCAAAACAAUCGUCCAUCGCUUUGGAGCCGAGACCUUCAACGGCAUGUUCAAAUACAACUUAUUCAAUGGAGACGACUAAGAGACGUUUGCAUUUACCGCAAGUUACCUUCAGCAAAGAAUCAAUAGCUCCACACAGCGCGGACGAUGUACCUAGACGAUUUCUUUACCAGCUGAUCAACAGUGAACAGCAUUUCGUCACAGCAAUACAAUAUGGCAUCCAGCGUUUUGUAGCGCCAUUACAGGAACGAAGUGACUUGAUAUCAGCGAGUGAUCACCGAAGUCUAUUUCAAAAUUUAGAAGAGAUUCUAAGACUGUCCGAAGAUAUUUUAGAGCAAUUGGUAACCGAAGAUCAAGAUCCCCAACUCAAUUUCGCGUCUCGAGUGUACGUAUCGAAAUCGACGGCAAUUUGCGCCGCAUACAAACGAUAUUGUAAUGGACUGAAGAGAGCUGAUUGCGUUCUGGUUAAUAAAUCGAGAAACUCGAACUCAGACUUUGUCACCUUCAUUACAAUACCGCAAGUGCCGAGAAAACGACCCGACCUAACAUCGUUCAUCCAUCGACCGUUGCAGCAUUUCCGCGAAAUUCUCAAAUUUAAUCUAAUGCUCGCGUCGCACUGUCGACCGGACACCGAUGAAUUUCGCAAUUUCACAACCGUUGUCAACGCAUUCCAGACGGCCUACAGAGAUAUAACCGUAUCGGAAGGUCUUAUGGAACCAUUGGGCGAAGGCCGACCACUUCUGACGCUGCAAGAUCUUGAAGCGAGACUGGUCUUCACGAAGUGCAAACCGUUUACGUUAUGCGUGCCGGGACGGCAAUGGGUGUUUGGUGGAGAUCUGUCCAGAGUGGAAGGAAGAUCGGUGAAGCCGUAUUGGACGUUGCUGUUCAGUGACAUUAUAGUUUUUGCCAAAGUGAGUCGGGACAGGGUCUUGUUCAUAACCGAGGAGCCUCUGUCCUUGAUCAACAUUGUGGACUCGUGUUUCAACAUAAGGAAGAAAGCUACCGAAUUUCGUAUCACCGUCGAUCCAAACGGUCGAUUAGCUGAGAGUCCAACGGCUCAUUGUGCACCGGAUUUAAGCCGAACACCGCGGAAAAAUUCACGCCGACGAACAAUUGUGUUAAGAGCUCCUUCGGCGGAACUGAAAGCUGUGUGGCAGAAUUUGCUGCAAAGACAAAUUUUCCAAGUAAAUGCAGCUCUAGGAUCGUCGCUCAGCAGCCCAAUAGACUCUCCCGACAUAAUGCAAACAUUCAUACCGUUAAGUGACAUCGGAGCUGCAACAACAUCCAUGGCAUCGAUAAAAUUGUCGAGCGACAGCGUUUACCUGCGGAACCAACAGAACAAGUCAACCAAAGUGUCGAAACAAGUCGAAGAGAUAAUUGACGAAAAAUGUCGAAUUUUAAACAAAACCGGCACAGCCAGAGGAAGUGCCAUUCAUCAUUUGAGCUUAUGGAUGAAAGGUCAACUUGAUUGCGCGCCACCGGAGAGCGAAAGCACCAACGAACCCGAACCGGAAGAGGAACCAAUCGAGGAUUGGAGUCGCGAUCAAUUGAUGCAACGUUCCAAAGAGCUGCAAUUGAUCGAUGAGAAUGGCAAAUGUAAAGUUCCUAAACUGGACGGCGUUCGUAAUUGUGAUAGAGUUGAGGAGAUAACGUUAAGCGAGGUCGAAGAUGAAUGUAAGAGUGCUUCACGUAGCACAACGUCUGACAGUCAGAUAACCGUACGGUCCAGUCCCAUAGCUAAUAAUGAUAAGAUAUCAGUAUGCCGUCACUGUCAUAAAAACUGUAAAUCGAAGCUAAGCCAGUCCACUAGUAAUUCGCUAAAAGUCCAACACAGUCAAGCAUCGCCGAAUCGUUGCUGUCAAAGUCCGUCAAGUAGUUCGAAUAGUCAAACCUCAAUUUCGACGCUAACUGGUAGCGCGAAUCACAGCCAAUUAUCGAAUUGUGAUAAAAAUUCCAGAACUAGUCUGUUGAACCGAAGUGACGCGGAUAAACGCAGCUCAACGAGUAGCACCAAUCAACCAUGCAAUUGUAAAUGCGAUCCCGAAGAUUUCCAGAAUACGAUGCGAUGUUCACAGGAAUUGCGCAAAGAAACUUGCAAAAUCAUCAACAGUGUAGCCGAGCUUAAUUUCUCCCCGAAAUCACCGAGCAGUGUUCAGCCCAACCAUUCAAAUUGUAAGUGUUCGUGCGACGAGGAAAUCGAAAAGCGAAUAGCCGAAGGAAAAUUCGACAAGGAUGCCGAUGACUGGUCGUUAAUGUUAAUCGGCCUGGCACAAAUCCAUCCGACAACGGCCUUGGUGCAGGUCGAUCCGUUCGAAGCGUUACCCACAAUAUCAGUUGUGCCACCGACACCGGAAGGAGUUUAUUCGAAAUUAAGCUCGUCGUUGCUGUGGGAUAAUUCGAAGUUGAAUCAAGACGAUGCGAAACGAUCGAAUGACCAAAAUGGGUUCGAUGACGAGGUUUCGCCGGAGGAUUCGCCGCAGGACGAGGAACCACCGUACAGGACGUUGAAGACUGGCUUGAAACGUUAUGGCACAAUGUCUAGUUUGGAGAAGGUGUCAUCGGAAGAUGCAGACGACAAAACGCUGAAUUCGUCAGAUGAAGACUAUGAUUGCGAUGACGAUAUAAAAAUCGUGACCAAGGAAAUCUUCAACACCGAGGGCAAAUCCCAAAACUGGACCAAUCGAGCCGGUUCAUUUUUGGAACAAUCUCGCGCAUUUUUCGACACAUACCUGGGACGUUGGGACCGGAACAACGGUGAAGAUGUGAACGAUGAAACCAUCGACGACUGUACGUCGGGUGCAACAUCCGGCGAAGAAGUCUGGGGUACACCGACUAGCGGCGAGAACGACGAAAUACAAAUGUUUAACUCAGACCAAACACAUUCGUCGCCCACAAAAUCGUCAUCAUCACUGAUUGACGACGACACCGAAUUGAUGAUGGAUGAAUUGCUAAUGGCACCGCCAAUGACAGCUAGUUCGAUUCGUGGCCUGUUACCGCGGCGAAGAUUAGAACCAUUAUUUGAAGAAGACACAGAGAGUGGCAAUAGUGACGAAGAUAAUCUGCCACCAGAUUGCAGUAGUUCCGAUCAGGGGCAAGUGCGGAAAACUUAUAUACCAAAUGGUCACGAUUUAGAAAAAAGCAGACCAAUCGAAUCCACGCCGACGUCGCCGGUCCCGACAACGAUGCAAACUGUGCGACCGAUCGCACCAUACGCACAAAGUUGUGGGAGCGUUGCUGACAUUUGUUCAACUCCUGCACUUCCAGGAGAAGUAAAAAAAUCUGUCGAAAAUAUCGAUCCUGUCGACGGUCGGUCCAAUGCAGCAGUGCCGGCAACGCCAGCCAUCGCCGGUCUGAGUCCACGUUUGGAGAUGCGUCUGGCCCUGAACAACGACAUAAUGGGCGACGAGGAUUUAAUUUGUUACGCUCCUGGACCCGAUCUCGCUACAAUUCUCGGACGCGACCUCUCCACAUACCAUCGGUUCACUGGAAGGGAUUUGAUAAGUCGAUCGGCGAGCCGAAUUGUCCCAAAAGAGGGACGCAUCUCCUUCUGUCAACAGAAAAAUUCCAAAAUGGACACCCCGACUCCAAAUCGAAAAAAGUCAAAUCAAAGUACAUGGAACAGUUCUGCAUUUGCGGGUCCAGCCAACGGAAAAAAUCUAAGCGACCUGGAACGAUUAGCGAGGCAAGAGAUGAAACAUUGCAAAUAUCAAUUGAAGAGCUGUCCAGCAACAACUCGGUCUACAAAUCAAACGACGAAUACUACUCAUGCUGAUGGUUCCAAGUCCGACAGACCGAAAUUUUUCAGUUUUCUCUCGCGCAAAACUUCAAAGAAUAGAGUAACUGCAACCGAAUUCAAUUUGAGCGUAGCGAACAAUACAACCAGUCCUGGUUCACCAUCCCGUUCAGAUGCAAUCUAGCUGUUUGUCUAUCUAUAUCUCUGUAUACAGCCCGACAUAUUUGAAAAUAAAUGAAAAUUCAAAAGAAAUUUGUAAGACAAAAGACAUCAGAAAAAUUCUCUGCUUCUAGGACAAGUCUUUGGACCGAAGAUUUUGGAAACAAUUAUCGAAACGUCGGCGAUCGUUAAGUGUAUCGGAAAUCGAAGCAAUGUAAAAAUGUUUUGUUUGUUAAAUUUUCCGAAAUUGUUCUCUUUAUAAUCAACAGAAUUAGUGAAAACCGAAAAAUUUCUGCUUUAUCGAUAAAAGCUUAGCGUCUGAUUGAAGAUUAUCUUCUCGACUGUAAUACCACUAAUUUACAACAACCAAAAACUCGAAGAACGGUUAAGAGCCAAACCACAUCGAAACUUUCUGUCAUGAUGUGACAGUUUUGACAUUGGCAUUUUUGACGUCUGAA